AUGCGUCCGACUUGUCAAGAUCGCGCAAGCGGAGCUCUCCAGGGGGCGAAGCGGCGUCAGGCGCAGCUGCACCUGUGGACGGCAGUCGCCCUCCAGCAGCACCUUGCCCUGGAAAGGAGGGGGCCGCCCCCCUCCCUUUCCCUUCCGCUUCCUCCUCUUUCUUCCCCUCUGCCCCUGCCCCUUCCCCCACCGCCACCCCCUUCCGAGGCGGAGUGGCGCGCCGUCGACGCGCGCGCAACGCGGCAACGGGAGGCGGCGGAAAGGAAAAGAGAACAAGGAAGGGAAGUGGGGCAAGAACGAGAGGAGAAGGGGGGCUGCAGCAUCUGUCAGGAGCCCUUCGCCCGCGCAGGGGGCGUCGAGCAAGUCGUCCUCAGUUGCUCCCACGUCUUCCACGCGCGCUGCCUUCACCAGUUCGAGCGCCUCGUGCGGGCACAGUGGCGAGAAGGUGGGGGGGGACGUCUAGCCUGCCCGGAAUGCCGCGCGACGCCUUACUACAAACGAAGCUACUUCGCGGGAGCGGCGCUCGCCCAGCGCGCGGCGGUGGUGAAGAUCCAAUCCGUGAUUCGUGGGUACCUCGCGCGCCGGCGGUAUACGAGGCUGCGGGUGCAGACCAACCCCGAAUUUCGGCAGUCGUACGUCCUCGAGGGCCUCGAGCGGUUGUCGAGGACCUGGGAACGGCACGUGGAGCGACAGGAAGGGAUCCGGCGGGUUUUUUUAUCCCGCCUAGAAGUGCAACAACAGGCAAUCGCAGGGGCUUAUUUAACAGAGUCGGAUUGGCGGGGUCUUAUCACGCGGCAUCUCCUCCUUCACGAUCCCGCACCGCACCGCGAUUGCGCCACCGACGGCGGCGAGGCCGAAAAGCCGAUGGCGCGUGCCGUCGCCACAACGCCGUGCCCGAUAUGUUUGGAGGCUAUUGAGACGAGCGCCACCUUUCUGGAUGGGAAAGCCUUCGAGAAGGACGCCACCGCCACUGGGGAUAGUUUGGAGCGCGAGAGCGCGUUCUGUUUCGUGCCCUCGUCAACGCAUUACGCCGCUUCGGUUCCAAACGGCCGAUUCGAAAACGGGGUGAAGGCGCUCCUCGUUAAUGAAGCUGAACCUUCCGAUGGCGGGAAGCCCCUACUUGAUCCUGCGGAAAGUGAGGCGGAGCGGCACGUGUGGGAACUGAGGCGGGCGUACGAGCGCCGGCGAGAUGCCGCGCAACGGCAACAAGCUGAGGCCUCUCGAAAAGGGGGUUUCGUGAGGGGGAACUUGCCGGCGCGAGGUGAGAGGGGCGGUCGUCGGCCUUCGCACACGCGUAUGGCAGACGCAAAGGAAAGAAGGCGGCAAGAGCCAAAGAAACGCGGUGCGGUCGCCGCUGCAACCUCUCCUAGCCUUGAAGUGAAGAUGAAGCAGAACGGGAGCGAGAGGGCGGAUGAUAGGAUUGAAGGCGGCAUGAUAGUUAUUUUAAGCUGCGGCCAUCUUUUCCACCACUCCUGUUUAUCGGCGUUUGAGCGCUAUCAACGGUGGUACACGGCGAGCGAAGAAGGUGGUGGAGAUAGUGUCCGCGUGAAGAUGGCGAUGCCGCCGAGAUGUCCACUCUGCCGCGCUGGCUACGCGAAGUGUCGCUUUUAG